UCAGUCUUGCUCUGGCAUCUGUUUUGUAUUCUUGCAAAUAUACGCGCUCUCUUUUUCUCUAUUAAAAAAAAUCACAUCUCCACUCUCUUCUCAUACUCAAAAUUUUCCUCAAACUCAAAAUUUCCCAAAGAAAAAAUUAUAUAAAAAAAGUUUUUUUCCCUUAAUCUCCAAUCAAAUCAAAUUCCUCCCCAUACAACUCCAAUGCUUUAUCUAAAAUCAAAAAAAAUCUCAAUGCUUCCGCAUAAUCCUCGUAGACAAGGUUCAAUGUGUUAUUUAUCAUCACAGGAGGAAUACGAAACAAAAAGAUUUUGUGUUUUGUUCGAGUGUGCGUGAAAUGUCAUGUUCCUCGUGGCGCACGGAGUGAAUAAAAGUUCUUUGGUAAAAUAGAAGAAGGAGAACUGAAAGAAUAUUUGGAGAAUUAUGUCAAUUGGACGUAAUUCUAAUUUUUUGGGAAUGUAUCGAAAAGUCGAGUGUGAAAUGACAACGAUAAGAAAUGACAAGGAUGUAUUUGGUGUAUUUUCGAGGAGGAAAGUACAAACGUUGUAAAGAUGUUUGUCGACAAUACUCUAGGUAUAUUUUUGGUCGUUGUAGAAGAUCUUGUGUCUAGUUUUCUUCUUUUUUUGACGAAAUGCAACCAGUUGGAAGUGGAGUGACAGUUGACGAGUGCUAUUGAAUUUUCUUGUCAUUCCCGACAGUGACAGUCUGCGACUAUUGUCGACGAUCUUUGCUGUACGACUUGAGGCUAAAGGAAUUGUUUUUCAAAGUCGAUCCGUGUGAUCCAUCAAUUUUGUCAUCGAAAUUGGUAGCAAAAGGAAUUGACAUUCGUUAGUUCGAAAUUCAGUGUUCUAAGUGGUACCGGAAUUAGUGGAAAUAGAAGAGUAGUUUGUGGCAGUAGUAGUGGACAUUAAGAGCCAGACAACAUUUCGGAAAUGUUGUGAGACACAUCUUAUGCUUUUGGAACGUUACAUUUUUGGAUUAUUACAAAUUUUGAUCAUUAAAACUUUGGAACAUUACAUUUUUGGAUUAUUGUAUCUUUGAAUUAUUACAAAUUUGGAUCAUUAAAACUUUGGAACAUUACAUCUUUGGACUAUUGUAUCUUUGGAUUAUUACAAAUUUGGAUCAUUAAAACUUUGGAACAUUACAUCUUUGGAUCACUACAUCUGUAGAUCAUCAAAUCUUUAGAUCGUCACAUCUUUAAAUCAAAGAAAAAAGUUUUUGUUUGUUCCGAAAAGUUUUUUAAAGCAGCAUUUAAAAGUAGUGAUUUUAAAAAGUGUCUUCAGAAAGUGUUGUUAAAAGGAAAGUGUCAUAAAAAAUUGUGUUAAAAUACUGGUCACCUUGAGCAGCGAUCGUCUCGAGGAAGUGUUAAUACUUUGGACAAAGUGAAUAUUCAAACUAGAAGUGAACGUCGAAAAAAGUGAUAAACAUCCGUAAGAGUAAAGAACAUCGAAAAUAGUGACUACUUUGAAAAAUAGCCACUAUCUAAAAAAUAGUGAUCAUCUUUAAAAAUUGUGACCACCUUUGAAAAUAGUGAUUGCCUUUAAAGAUUCUGAUUACUAGAAACAGUGACUGCUCGUUACUAAAAAUAGUAACCAUCUUUAAGAAUAGUAACCACCUUUAAAAGUAGUAACCAUCUUUAAAAAUAGCAUCCACUUUUUUAAAAAUAAUAACUUCCUUCAAAAACAGUGACUUUAAAAUAAAAGUGACCACUUUGACUUCUGAAAAACUUAAGAAUCAAGAAUAAUUGGUCUUCUUAAGAGGCUCCUAAGGAAUGAUAAAUCUUUAAAGAGUACUAUCUUGAGGAAUAGUAUUCAUAAUAAAUACACCAAACUACCUAAAACAAAGCCUAUUUUUAAAAUGCUUUAAAUAUCAGUGAACAUCUUAAAGAAUAGAGAUAAAAAAGAGGCGAACGUCUUAAGGAAAAACCUAUUAAAGCAGAAGUUUACUAAAAAAACCUGCUAAAGAAGAAGACUAAAAAAGAAAAAAUCCACUAAAGAAGAAGACUACUAAUGAAAAAAAGUAAAUAAAAAAACGAAAAGUAAAAAAUUAAAAUAGACCUGAAAUAAACAAAAUUCGACGAAAAACGAUUAAAAUUUGCCGAAAGAAAAAUGAUUGUGGAACCGGAAGAGCGUAAUCAAUCGGCGAGUGACAGUCGUCAAUUAGCAGAAAUGCAUCUGGAGCAGAGAAUGAAUGGCGAUCGUACAGCGAGGGAACGCUUUCCAUCGUCGAGCAGCACUGAUGACGAUCAAAGUGGAUCAGACGCUGAACAUGAUUCGUCGACGAUUCGUGGCAAAGGUCACUCAGGAAUUUUACAUCAUUCGGGAACGCAUUCCGUACGAAAACGUCGAGGAAAUUUACCGAAACAUUCGGUAAAAAUUUUAAAAAGAUGGCUCUAUGAGCACAGGUACAACGCUUAUCCCAGUGAUAGUGAGAAACUCACCCUCAGUCAAGAAGCAAAUCUCACAGUUCUACAGGUAUGCAAUUGGUUUAUCAAUGCAAGAAGACGCAUUUUGCCGGAAAUGAUUCGCAGAGAGGGACACGAUCCUCUUCAAUACACUAUCUCGCGACGAGGAAAAAAAAUGCCAGGAGGAAGUCAUCAACAAGCCUCGAGUCUCAGUCCUCGCGCCACUCCUGAAUGGGAUCCUCUCGCUGGAAUGAGUGCUCCGAAACGUAGCCGCGAUCAUGAUUACGAAGAUGCAACUGGUCUCAUCUAUCGAAGUGAAGAGGAUAGUCCGAAUGAUUACGAGAGCAGCUCCCACAGCGAGGAGGAACGUCCAGCAUCCCAAUGGUCCAGCGUGAUUGUCUAUCCGUAUUCUGAGACCAAAGUCGAGCAGAACAAUCAGCCGAGUUAUGCUGAAGCGAUCGCUCAUCCUGCCCGACGAGGGGACGAGGACCAAUCGACUGUGAGCGAAGCCGCCUAUUGGAGUGCGCCGAGACAACAUCUUGCAGCAACUCCGGACGUUCAACAGGAAACUGAGGUGUAUAGCACUCACGCAUGUAGUCCUCACAGCGACGAAACGCCGCCUCCAACACCACCCGAGGAAGACAAGGACAAAUUCAAGUGUCUCUAUCUUCUCGUAGAGGCCGCCGUCGCUGUCCGGCAGCAAGAGAAGGAGCGCGAGGGCACCGUGGUCUAACAAAUCGCGAUCUACCGCUACAAUCCAAUUUUUUUUACUACCCCCCCCCCCCAUGUAUAUAAAUACAAAUAUAUUUUAUAUAUAAUCACACCAACAAUUUUAUAUACCAUAUAUUACGUAUCUAUAUACAUUUCUUUUAAUUCGAUUCUCAAUGAAAACCAACCGAGAAUCUCCAUUGACGACGACAAAUCGAAAGAAAAGGUUUUUUUUUCACUCAAUUGUACAAGAAACUAAACUCUCGCCGCUCCAUCACUUUGCGUGCCGAGGACAAUUUUUUUUUUCUUAAACCCCCUAAAAAAUAAUUUUACAUGCGAGCGGAAAUUUCUUCAAAUUUUUUUUUAUUUUCACUCCAUGAUUUUUUCAUAAAAAAAAGAGACAAAGCUGUGUUUCCUUGUCGAGUCACAAUCGUAGUUUCGAUUGUGAUUCGAUAUUCUGUGAUUAUUUUUUUUUACGCCUCAAAUUCGAAUUAUAGUAGAAUUAUUCUUAUUAUUAGAAAUUAUUACUAUUAUUAUUAUUAUUAAUUGUUUGUUGUUACGCGCAGUUUCUACCUUUGACGCGAUAUCGCGCUUAUCCAACCUGCUUUGAAGAAGUUUAAUGCCAAGAGAAGAGAAAACUGAACAUACUGCUCGAUGUGACCUGAAGAAAAAAAAAUUGAAAAAAGUUCCUUUUUUUUAAAAGUAGAAAAAUAAUGAAAAUAAAUUUGUCGUGAAAGAAAAAUGAUUGAAAAGGGAGUUAAGGGAGAGAGAGAGAGGAAAAGAGAAGAAGAGAGGGAGAGAGAAUGUGUGAGAGAGAGAGAGGAGCGAGGAUAGAGUGAGAGAAUGAUAGAAUAGUGAGGGAAACAAAAAAAUGAAAGAAACCAAAAAACAAAAACUUUCCAUAUAAUUACAGAAAAGAAAAUGUUCCAAUUGUUGUAAUUUUUGAUCUUCCAAUACAAAAUGUUUGUGAAAAUAACUGGAGUUUAUAUAUUGUGAUGAUAUUCUAAUUAUAAUUUUGUAUUGUAGCUUAAAUUUUACGAUCACGAUUUGUGCCUUUGAAAACGUUUUGUCAAUUAAACGUUGAUCUUAAUACUUUAA